AUGAAGAGCAAGCGGCAACCUCACGGCCUAGACCCCGAUGGAGUUAAACACCAGACCGAGUGUGCUGCAGUUCGGGGCGCGUCCGCGUCCAGCCAACCACGAAUAGCUAAGCGCUUGACCCUCGAGGGCCUACCUGCGGAACUUCAUCUACAAGUCCUCCGCAAUUUAUCGAACCUACAUGACCUUAGUGCAGUCAUCCAUGCCUCGCCCUCGUUGCAUAGGUGUUAUUUCGCAGCAAGGCGCGGAACCCUACUGCACCACCUAUCAAAGACCUUUCACACUCAUCGCGUCCUCGUUGAUGCGUUUGCGGUUCAUCGGCUGGCCCUUCUACGCGAGUCAGGUGGUGAAAAGACGACUGAGCUGCUCGAGAUAUUCAUGGACACAUGUUCAAGGUUGCAGUCCGAUCCAAGGAGCUUUAGAGCUACAUGUACCGUUGAUGACCUUGCUGGAAUCGCACGGUUCUACUCGUCGACUGUGGAGCCUCUGAAGACAGACUUCUACGAAGAAUUCCAUUGUCACAAGAGAUCAAUGCGGGUGGAGGGGGGGCACCGUAACAAAUUGAGCACCACAGAAAACGUUCGCAUGCUGCGUGCGCUUUACCAUUUCGAGAUCUGGUGUAGUUGCUACGGCGUUGGGAGUAGCGCCGUCCAACUGCUACCGAUGACGACGAAUAUCGAGAUGCUGCGCUUCCUGAACAAGCACUUCGAGCCUUGGGAGAUCGAAGAACUGGCGUGCAUUUAUGUUCGAAUCCGGAACAGAUUGUCCCGGCUUCUCACAUACCGUGCCGAUAAUGGACCUCAUCGCUUCGACCGGCCGGCAGAGCUCAAGUUCCACAAAUUGUCAACGCCGGAAUUCUCUGAUCUCUCCAAUACAAACACAUUUUGGUACUUCGUGGAGACUGUGGCAUCGCGUGGCCUGGAACGCUUCCGCACAAUGAAGAAGUACGAUGAAAUCCUUCCACCUAUGCAGAGUGAGCUAUCCAUCGCUCUCCGAAAUCUCAAGUUCCAAGGAACUAUCAUGCAAGAAAAGUCAGACGACGAAAUUGCCAUGAUGAACCUUCAACUUUCUGGUGGAGGUGGCAAUCGCCUCGACGAGGUAUUUAUGGAGACCACUCGAUGGGAUGAGGAUGUUGACACAGAUCGCCACAUCGCCGAAAAGGAUCGUAGGGAACUCCCCUUCGAUGGGGACAAAGAGAACGGUCCGCCGUUUGGAUGGGUCUUGCUAUGGGGCGGCACUUAUAGUAAUAGUCCCGGUGGACGCACACCGGAUACUCCCUUGAAGGAUUGGGGUUAUGUCUUUUGGGACAAGGAGAGCAUUCCCGAUUCUGUACACUUGAUCCUGAAUGAGAUGUGGAAUGGUGGUCUAGAUCCAAGAGAUCAUUGGGAACCCGGACAAGCCGAUAUGGACUUAUAG